CUCCGCCCUCUGAAAAUCAAAAAGUCCACAAGGAAAUUUCACCGAGGAAAUCGGGAUGUUUCAUCAGCCUAUGGAAGUCAGCAGUAUUUUGUCGUGCGGUGUGGCUAGAUCCUCCGAACACUUCAGAGUGAAGAGUAACGGUAAAGUAGCUUGAAAACAUCACACAUUUUACUGAAAAGAUCUCUCCUGCUGCAUCUCAGCUCGUGACACAUUUUCACUGCUCUGAUCAGCAACUGAUCACAGCCUCGGCCCCCGCUCCCUCCACAGACAACCAUGGUAGAAAAAAUGGCCUCUUUCGGCCGGAUCCUACUGCGACGCAGGGCACUGGAUUGUUCCGAUGAGGGAACACGCUUUGCCCGUUGCCUCUCCACACUGGACCUGGUGGCCCUGGGGGUGGGCUCCACCCUGGGGGCAGGGGUGUACGUCCUGGCUGGUGAAGUGGCCAGGGAGAAGGCUGGCCCUGCCAUCGUUCUCUGCUUCCUCAUCGCUGCACUCUCCUCUAUGCUGGCCGGGCUCUGUUAUGCCGAGUUUGGCGCCCGCGUACCCAAGACGGGUUCGGCGUACCUGUACAGUUAUGUGACGGUUGGUGAAAUCUGGGCCUUCAUCACGGGAUGGAACCUCAUCCUCUCCUAUGUCAUCGGUACAGCCAGUGUGGCCCGAGCCUGGAGCUCUACAUUUGAUAAUCUAGUGGAGGAGAAGAUCUCUUUCUUCUUCAGGUCUUCCAUGGCCAUGAAGGUCCCGGGGGGCGUGCUGGCUGAAUACCCUGACCUGUUUGCACUCAUCAUCGUGCUCCUAUUAACUGGGCUGCUGGCAUUUGGAGUGAGUGAGUCUGCCUUGAUCAAUAAGAUUUUCACUGGGGUCAACCUGGUGGUGCUGGGCUUCAUCAUCAUCUCAGGCUUUGUGAAGGGAGACCCAGACCACUGGAACCUCACCCUGGAGGACUUUGUUAAUACCUACCCCAACCACACCAACACCUCCAGCAUAUCCCAGGAGGUUGUGGAUAAGAUGUUUGGCUCGGGUGGUUUUGCUCCUUUUGGCCUCAGUGGCAUUAUGUCCGGUGCUGCUACCUGUUUCUACGCAUUCGUCGGUUUCGACUGCAUCGCCACGACCAGUGAAGAGGCUAAGAACCCCAUGCGUUCCAUCCCUGUGGGCAUCGUGGCCUCUUUGCUCAUCUGUUUCUUCGCCUACUUCGGGGUGUCUGCAGCCCUCACCCUCAUGAUGCCUUACUACAUGCUGGACACCCAGAGCCCCCUGCCAGAGGCCUUCAACUACGUGGGCUGGGAUCCUGCUCGCUACAUCGUGGCUGUGGGUUCCCUCUGUGCUCUCUCCACCAGCCUGCUUGGGUCCAUGUUCCCCAUGCCGAGGGUGAUCUACGCCAUGGCAGAGGAUGGGCUCCUGUUCCGUGGCCUGUCCCGCAUGAACACGCGCACCAAGACCCCCCUGAUGGCCACUAUAGUCUCUGGCUGUGUGGCAUCUCUGAUGGCCUUCCUCUUUGACCUGGCUGCCCUGGUUGAUCUCAUGUCCAUAGGGACACUGCUGGCCUACUCACUAGUGGCCAUUUGUGUGCUUAUCCUUCGGUACCAGCCCGGCACCCUGAGCUCAUCCAGUCAAACAGAAAAGCUAGUGGAGCUGGUUGGAGGGGAGAAGGUGGCCCGGGGGGACAGUGGAGAUGAGUACGGCCUGGAUCUGGAGGACCGCCCCAUCAGGGAAAAAUUCACCCCCUGCCUCCUCCUCUUCCCCAGUGGUGCCUUACCUACCAAGACCUCGGGGAACAUCGUCUAUGCCACCACGGCCAUUAUCUCGGUGCUCAUCACUGUGCUGUGUGUGGUGCUGGCAGGGAAGCUGGAUGAGUUGAUGGAGGUUCAGCCUGUGUGGGUCACAGUGUGUGUAGUCCUGGCCUUGCUCUGUGCCUUUUGUGUCAUUAUCAUCUGGAGACAACCAGAGAGCACGGAAGCCCUCACCUUCAAGGUGCCCCUGCUGCCUUGGCUGCCUCUGUUCAGUGUCUUUGUCAACAUCUACCUCAUGAUGCAGCUGGACCUGGCUACGUGGUGCCGUUUCGCUGUGUGGAUGACCAUUGGAUUCGCAAUCUACUUCUUUUAUGGGAUCUGGCACAGCAGUGCGGCAGCCAGCAGCACCCGUGGGAAAUAUGAGCCUGCCCUCCAGACCAAGAAGAAGCACAUCUACCUGGGGGGAGACGAGAGUGAGGUGGAGGGGAUGAGCCCCUGAACAGCUGGAUGAAACCCCACACAUAAUACCUCUGCAGUGAAGGCAGACAAUUCAACUGAUUGACACUACAAUUCAUCUGUUUUGUUUUCCAUUUUUGGGAUAUCUCUGUUUUAAGCUUUAUUGGACAUUUUGAGGAAUUAUAUUUUUAACAGUUGAAACAUUGCUAUUAACAUUACUAGUGAUUUUAUUUAUUAGAAGUUAGUCUCUUCCAAGUUUGAUUGUGUCUGUGCCUCUAAUUGUUAGCCCCUGGUGUCCAGCAGCAAUAUGAACUACAACUGACCAGGAGUGUUGGUUAGGGCCAUGUGUAAACAGAGUGGGUCUAUGGGGUUUACAAUCUUGGUCAGAACCUCUGUGUACUUGGGUCAACAGCACAGGGUUAGUGGAUCAAGGCCUGAUGCAGGUGUUUUGGGGAUCGCUGGCGUAGACAAACUGUCCUCCAUCACCUGUCACAGAGCAGUGUAUUUAACAGUAGGGCCUUGUGGCAGAAACUAGUAUUUAUUGUUGGUGUCGGCUUGUUCUGUAAGAUGAAAUAUCACCACAGAGAUGUGGGGACUAAAUAUCACCACAGAGAUGUGGGGACUAAAUAUCACCACAGAGAUGUGGGGACUAAAUAUCACCACAGAGAUGUGGGGACUAAAUAUCACCACAGAGAUGUGGGGACUAAAUAUCACCACAGAGAUGUGGGGACUAAAUAUCACCACAGAGAUGUGGGGACUAAAUAUCACCACAGAGAUGUGGGGACUAAAUAUCACCACAGAGAUGUGGGGACUAAAUAUCACCACAGAGAUGUGGGGACUAAAUAUCACCACAGAGAUGUGGGGACUAAAUAUCACCACAGAGAUGUGGGGACUAAAUAUCACCACAGAGAUGUGGGGACUAAAUAUCACCACAGAGAUGUGGGGACUAAAUAUCCCAAAGGCAUUUAUGAACAAUCUGUUGCCAGUGAUGUCUUUGUCAUUGAAAAUGUUUUUAAACGUAUGUUAAAAUAGUCUGCGUAAUGAUGUAAGUUAUUGUCUGGUUAGUCCCUGUGUAACGGAAGCAGUAUAUGCAUAUCAGGUUCAUCCAAAGAAUACAUGGAGAUAUUGUUGCUGAAACGACAUCCUGGCACCACUACAUUUACAGUGCGGCAAAAAAGUAUUUAGUCAGCCCACCAAUUGUGCAAGUUCUCCCACUUAAAAAGAUGAGAGGCCUGUAAUUUUCAUCGUAGGUACACUUCAAUUAUGACAUACAAAAUGAAGAAAAAAAAUCCAGAAAAUCACAUUGUAGGAUUUUUAAUGAAUUUGCAAAUUAUGGUGGAAAAUAAGUAUUUGAUCAAUAGCAAAAGUUUAUCUCAAUACUUUGUUAUAUACCCUUUGUUGGCAAUGAGAGGUCAAACGUUUUCUGUAAGUCUUCAAGGUUUUCACACUGUUGCUGGUAUUUUGGCCCAUUCCUCCAUGCAGAUCUCCUCUAGAGCAGUGACGUUUUGGGGCUGUUGCUGGGCAACACGGAUUUUCAACUCCCUCCAAAGAUUUUCUAUGGGGUUGAGAUCUGGAGACUGGCUCGGCCACUCCAGGACCUUGAAAUGCUUCUUACGAAGCCACUCCUUCAUUGCCCGGGGAGUGUGUUUGGGAUCAUUGUCAUGCUGAAAGACCCAGCCAUGUUUCAUCUUCAAUGCCCUUGCUGAUGGUAGGCUUUGGUCCCAGCUCUCUGCAGGUCAUUCAUUAGGUCCCCCCGUGUGGUUCUGGGAUUUUUGCUCACUGUUCUUGUGAUCAUUUUGACCCCACGGGGUGAGAUCUUGCGUGGAGCCCCAGAUCGAGGGAGAUUAUCAGUGGUCUUGUCUUCCAUUUCCUAAUAAUUGCUCCCACAGUUGAUUUCUUCAAACCAAGCUGCUUACCUAUUGCAGAUUCAGUCUUCCCAGCCUGGUGCAGGUCUACAAUUUUGUUUCUGGUGUCCUUUGACAGCUCUUUGGUCUUGGCCAUAGUGGAGUUUGGAGUGUGACUGUUUGAGGUUGUGGACAGGUGUCUUUUAUACUGAUAAGUUCAAACAGGUGCCAUUAAUACAGGUAACGAGUGGAGGACAUAGGAGCCUCUUAAAGAAGAAGUUACAGGUCUGUGAGAGCCAGAAAUCUUGCUUGUUUGUAGGUGACCAAAUACUUAUUUUCCACCAUAAUUUGCAAAUAAAUUCAUUAAAAAUCCAACAAUGUGAUUUUCUGGAUUUUUUUUUUCUCAUUUUGUCUGUCAUAGUUGAUAUGUACCUAUGAUGAAAUUUACAGGCCUCUCAUCCUUUUAAGUGAGAGAACUUGCACAAUUGGUGGCUGACUAAAUACUGUUUUGCCCCACUGUAGCUGGCUGCUGCAGUGUCAUCUUAAUUUUAUAUAUUUUGGGCCGUACUGUACUCUUGUCCCCCCCACCCUUCAUGUAUCUCUGUUUAUCUCACUGGAGUUUGUCUUUACAAAUCAGAACUACCCUUUUUAUAUGAACAUACUUGAGUUUGAGUUCUCUGCCUGCAUCCAAUGCUUGAGCUGUCUCUACAGAUGUUUAAUAAAGACCAGUACCCCGGGGGUCUAUUCAGUGGCUCUGUGUUGAAUCUUAAAGGCAGUGACUUUAGUCCUGGUCAUGCACUACCACUGAUGGAGCUUUAGUUGGAGAUUCUUGUGAAAACAUGUUUGCAAAUGUUUUUUUUUAGUUUCCGUUAACUUGUUCUUGGAAGCUUAGCUGUCGAGUUUGCAUCAUUUUAUCUGAAUAUUCUAUUCUGUAGAAUUGUUUUAUUAUAUGUAGUUAUUUUAUGCUUUUCAAAUUAAGUUAAUCAAGUAAUGUUCUUUUAUAGAUGUUAUUGUAUUCUUACAUUUACAGUUUUUAAAGUACUCUUGACGACCACCUUUAAUGAUUUACUUUAUAUAGCAAAACUUUUGCACCACCAAAUGAUUGAGACUUCAACUUGUGAUUCCAUUUGCUAUUAAUCACUAGUUGUGGUGCUGCUUGACCAAAAUGCAGUGUGCAUUGGAUACACUAGGUCAAGGACAUAAGGAAUUUGACCAGCAAAAUCUGCUCUCUAAAUCUGAAGUAUAUUUGUGCUCAUCUGUAAAGACACUGGAAUUGGUGAGGAUAAUUGAGUUCUAUGGUUUGUUAAAUGAAAAUACCAUGCAAAACCUGAUGCAUUAUAUGAUGCAAAAUGCAUCAUAACAACUGUAUUUAGAAAAUGAUAUCUUAAGUUAAUUGUUGCUUUGCAAAAGAUGUUGGGCCAAUAUCAACAAUGGACUAAUGAAACAAAUACCAAAAUAGUAUUUGUGUGGAGAUUUCCUUUUAAGUGAGUUGUAGUACAGUAAUAACUCAUGUACAGUAUGUGUAUAGCUGUAUCAUAUUUGUAUAAUGCUGAAUAUUAUACAAAUGGACACUUAUUCAAAGGAGGUGUUUUAUACUUGUGCUUCUUAACAUACAUUUUAACAACUUGUAAGAAUCUCAAAAAGAAACCAGUGCCUGAAAAUACCGCCCGCCUCAGAUACCAGGGGCUGGUAAACCAAGUCUUAUAUCAGGCCAUAGUACUGAUUGAUCAGUACUACUCUAAAUGCUGUCACAUAAAUAUCAAUUAUAUUUUUUGUCUUUGGUUUUAUAUACUGUGAAUAUAUGCCUGUCAUGUAGAAAUUAGCUGUAUUUUUAAGGUUGUCUUUUCUAAAUAAAUGUUUAUUAUAAUGA